AUGUCGGUUGCGCUUAGGUUAACCGUGUUUGCCCGGCGGUCGAGUCCCUCCUGCUCAAGCAAUGGCUUGAGGCACAUCUCGCCGCUGCGGAGGUACUCCAGCGCUCCUUCGGUGGUAGAUGGGACAUUACCUCUGGCGGGGAUUCGAGUGCUUGAUAUGACGCGUGUUUUGGCCGGACCUUACUGUACUCAGAUUCUGGGUGACUUGGGUGCGGACGUUAUUAAGGUCGAACAUCCCGUACGCGGCGACGAUACUCGCGCCUGGGGCCCUCCGUAUGCGAAAUACGAAGAUGCCUCGAAGAAGGGUCCUGGCGAGAGUGCGUACUAUCUGGCGGUCAAUCGAAACAAAAAGUCCCUUGGACUUUCGUUCCAACACAAGUCAGGCGUUGAGAUUCUUCACAAGCUCGCCAAGGAGUGUGACGUCCUCGUUGAGAACUACCUUCCAGGAUCACUCAAGAAAUACGGAAUGGACUACGAGACUCUCCGGAAGAUCAACCCCAAGUUGAUAUACGCCAGUAUCACUGGCUAUGGCCAGACAGGACCGUACAGUAACCGGGCUGGUUACGAUGUCAUGGUGGAGGCAGAGAUGGGAUUGAUGCACAUUACUGGAUCGCGAGAUGGCCCUCCCGUGAAAGUCGGCGUGGCAGUCACCGAUCUGACUACCGGACUUUACACAUCGAAUGCAAUUAUGGCUGCGUUGCUUGCUCGAGUUCGGACUGGCAAGGGCCAACACAUUGAUGCUUGCUUAAGCGAUUGCCAGGUCGCUACCCUGGCGAACCUGGCUAGCUCUGCUCUGAUCAGUGGUCAGAAAGAUUCGGGCCGCUGGGGCACUGCUCAUCCCUCUAUUGUACCAUACCGGAGUUACAAGACCCUCGACGGUGACAUUCUUUUCGGUGGCGGGAACGAUCGACUCUUUGGUGUGCUUUGCGAUCGCCUUGGGUUCCCCGAGUGGAAGACCGACGCUCGAUUCGUCACGAAUAGCGACCGUGUGAAACACCGGGCAGAUAUUGAUGGCUUGAUUGAGAAUAUCACACAGCAAAAAUCCACCAAGGAAUGGCUGGAUAUCUUCGAAGGCAGCGGCAUGCCAUAUGCAGCGGUCAAUGACAUCCAGGGAACCUUGAACCACGAGCAUGUCCUUGCAAGAGGCAUGGUCACUGAAGUGGAUCACCCUGCCUGCGGUCCCAUUAAGCUGGUCAACACGCCCAUCAAGUACUCCGAGGCCAAACCUGGUGUGCGCACACCACCACCGACCCUCGGUCAACACACUGACGAGAUUCUGGGAAGUGUCCUCAAUUAUGAAGAGGAAGAUAUUGCCCGAUUAAAGGAGGAGGGUGUGGUAUCAUGA